AUGGUGGAGGUGCAGCUGGAGGUGCAGUACAAGUACCCCAUGCUGCUGAUAGCUUUCAGUGCCUGCACAACAGUGCUCGUGGCAGUUCAUCUUUUCGCCCUUCUCAUCAGCACCUGCAUUCUGCCUAACGUGGAAGCAGUGAGCAACAUCCACAACCUGAACUCCAUCAGUGAGUCCCCGCAUGAGCGCAUGCAUCCCUACAUCGAGCUGGCGUGGGGCUUCUCCACUGUCCUGGGGAUCCUCCUUUUCCUUGCGGAAGUCGUGCUUCUGUGCUGGAUAAAAUUUCUGCCUGUGGGCUCUAUCCUGAAGAACGAGACCACCAACGCCGAGAAGCCCAGCGGCCAUGCGGGUUGGCAGUCAGCACUGGUCUCCACCAUCAUCAUGGUUCCAGUGGGGCUGAUUUUUGUCGUCUUCACCAUUCACUUCUACCGCUCUUUGGUGCGGCACAAAACGGAGCGCCACAACCGAGAGAUCGAAGAGCUUCACAAACUGAAAGUGCAGUUAGACGGGCAUGACAGAGGCAUGCAGGUAGUGUGACAGAGGCGCAGAGGCUGCUUCCAGCAAAUCCACUCAGCUAAGGCUAAGAGGAAAAUACCUGUUUUGCUAGUUGGUGAGACACACCAGUGAUGGAUUGUCUUGAGGCUUAACUAUGUUAAAUGCUAAUUGCCUGCCGUAUAUAGCUGUGGGUUGUAGUGCUGUUGCAGAUGCUGGGGUCUCUGGCCUGUUCCUGGUCCUACACACUUGUGUACUUAAGUCGACACUGCCAUGGAGUUCAAGUCAAAACUUUAUCUACCUUACCAUUGCUUCAGGUAGCCAAAAAUCUUUAUUUUUCACAAAUGCAAUAUUCUGUUGCCAAAAUCAAAACUGCAUCAGCAGUCCAAAAAGCCAGUUUGUGUGUAGGACCUGUCUUAUGCGUCAGAACUCCCUGGCUGUCAGUGCAGCAGCAAUUAACUGGCAGCUUGUUUCUAGAGCUGAGCAGGUUAAUGUGGGUAUCUGCAGCUGACAUGAGGACAUCCAGGAAAGCACAAUAGAAACUGUGAGUGUUGAUCACCUUUGUUCCAAAGCAAGUAUUCCAUAAAUACAUCCAGAAAGAAAUCA